AGAGCUGCCCGUCACGAAACUUGACGUGCGAGACAAGUUUACAACUCUAUACACGUGCGGCUGAUACAUCAGGGCUGGCGGCGGCAUCCUGCGCACAGGCUGCUACCUGCGUGCGUAAAUCUUUGCGCGCUGCCUGGAUACAGCUCGUUAUUUUCGGCCACUUCCUGGCUUCCUCCUUCCUCACCUGUUCGCUGCAGGUAUCACUUUCCGGAGGAGAUCGAGGUGUUUUAUCCACGGUGCGUGCGUGUGUGGAUGAGGACUGGCUGCUCAGUUUCUUCAUGGCUGGAGGACUGGGUGAUGUGCGCCUAGCAUGGCUCCGGCUGCUGCGCCGACCACCCAGGGACCGGUAUGGCUUUUAGCCGCAUCAGCAGGCUGGACCCCCCGUCCCGAGGCAUCUUCAGGAAAGCGGUGGUCAUGCUGUGCUCCCUGCUCGCCUCCAUCCUCCUCCUGCACCUCUUCACCGAGCGCUGCGCCUCCACAGUCUCCUCCACCUCGCCCUCGCCGGACACAUCCUCCUCAUCCGCCUCCAGUCGUGCUUCUGGGCUUUUCGGAGACUUGAGGAGCAAGAGGCUGGCGUACGAAUGGACCGCCGGCUCGGAUCUGGAGAGCUACGGGGCCGCUCGGCGCGCCUCCUCACGCGUCCUGGCGGAUGAGCGCGCACGGCACGACCCGGAGCUGCCCGGAGACUCCUUCAUGCUGCCGGCUCCGGAUUUAGUGGCUUCCAGGAGAGUUCCGGCCAGGUUCGCAGGUAAACUCAGCCCGCUCGGGGAGGGGAGCAAGAAGCUGCCUCAGGCUCUGAUCAUCGGGGUGAAGAAGGGAGGAACCCGGGCUCUGCUGGAGUUUCUCCGGGUUCAUCCGGACAUCAGAGCGGUUGGAGCGGAGCCGCACUUCUUCGACCGCAACUAUGACAACGGACUGGAGUGGUACAGGGAGCUGAUGCCGAAGACCCUAGAGGGCCAGAUCACCAUGGAGAAAACCCCCAGCUACUUUGUGACCAGAGAGGCUCCGGCGAGGAUCUCCGCCAUGUCCCGGGACACCAAGUUAAUCGUGGUGGUGAGGGACCCGGUCACCAGAGCCAUCUCGGACUACACGCAGACGCUGUCCAAGAAGCCCGACAUUCCCUCUUUUGAGAGCCUCACCUUCAAAAACAGGACUACGGGGCUCAUCGACACGUCGUGGAGCGCCAUCCAGAUCGGCAUCUACGCCAAGCACCUGGACAACUGGCUGCAGUACUUCCCCAUGGACCAGAUCUUGUUCGUGAGCGGCGAGCGUCUGAUCAGCGACCCGGCCGGAGAGCUGGGCCGGGUGCAGGACUUCUUAGGCCUCAAGAGGAUCAUCACGGACAAACACUUCUACUUUAACCAGACCAAGGGAUUCCCGUGCCUCAAGAAAGCGGAGGGCAGCAGCAAGCCUCACUGCCUGGGGAAAACCAAAGGGCGCACCCAUCCCAACAUUGACCCCGAGGUGGUGCAGAGGCUACGGGACUUCUACAGGCCCUUCAACAUGAAGUUCUACCAGAUGACUGGACGCUUCUUUGGCUGGGAUGACUGAAUGUGUUUUUCUCUUUGAUACCCGAAAUCUUUAAUUGGAGGGCCUCGCUCGACAGAAAGAAAUACUGAUCUUUGGGGAACAAAGUUGGAUUAUUAUGAGAAUAAAGUUAGAAUUACAUUAAUAUGGUCCUAACAACAUUCAAAACAAAUAAUGUUUAUUUUUUAAAAUCAGGAAAAAUUGAUAUUUUGGCAAAAAACGUUAAUGAAUAAUCUCACUGCAUAUUUUUGUGAGAAUGGGGGUAGAGCUCAGGCUUAUAAUUAACCAUUUAAACCUCAUCUAAUCUACCUGAUAUAAUAUUUUGGUUUUAUUUUUGAAAUAUGAAAUCUUUUAUAUAAUUUAAAAGACUUUUGAAACUUCAUUCUGGUUUAAUAAUGAUUUAUUUUUUUGCUUUUGUUGUUCAAUUUGUUCAAAUUUUCAGCAUAGUGCACAUAAUAUUAUUAUUAUCAUAAUAUUUAUAUUUUUCACACUAUUGCAGUUUUAUUAUAAAGUUCUGAGCAUAAAGAUAUUUAUGUAUAAAAUAAUAUAAAUCAUAAACAGGAGAAUGUUGUGUUUAAUGUCAAAAUAUUGGUAAUUUUUUUGCCAAAAUAUCUCACAUUUUUCCCUAAUAUUGCAGUAUCGUGCUGAUAUCAUAAUAUUAACACUAUUUUGCCAAAAUCUGAAAUUUUUUCUUAAUAUUGCAGUAAUUAAUUUAUUCUGUCCUGUCAUUUAGAAACUGUAUUCAAAAUAUUUUGCGUUUUCUCAUAAAAUUAGUACUUUAUUCUCAUAAUUUGUGACUUUUGACUCAAUUCUCAUAAACCUUCAUCUUAGUUUUAUGAGUUUUCUAUCUUUUUCCCUCCAUGCUCAGCACUAACCCUAAGCAAUAUGCAGCCGUUACAGGAGAGAAAAAUCUCUCCUCAGAUAUGCAAUAUUUCUUUGUUACAUUUCCCAUCGUCAGAGCUGCCUCUAAUCCAUGCUUAUUGAGAUGUUUUCUUCAGAAAAAAGGAUUGAGUUGUUGAAGGAUUUGCAUCAUAUCUCCCUGCACUAUCUGAUGUUUCUAUUUUUUUCUGUUUAAAAGUCCUUGGCGGUGGAACAGAAAUUAUGCAGUUGCUUCUCGAAGACGGCGGGUGAAAUCACAAGGCGGCUUUUGAUAAAAACUGAGCGAUGUUUAAUGCCAUAUUCUGAACAUACAUAGCUGCUUUGGAAUUUCAACAUUUUUCUAGCAAAAAAAAAAAAACAUGAAAAGAUAAAAAUAUAUGUAUUUUUGAAAUGUAUUUAUUCAAGAAAUACACAAGCAGUAUGUAUGUAUUUUCAAUAACACCUCAGCGAUUAUUUCCCGUUAUUAUGCUCGCCAUGCCUUUAGAGUUUGUUUUCUACUAAAAACAUGUUAUCCUCACUUUAAUUUCAGGUGUUUCAGGAUGUAUUUACUAUACAUGAAUGAGUGGGACAUGAGAAAACUUGUUUCCAGUUAGAUCUUUGUUAUUUCAAGGGUCGUUUCCCACCUUAAGUUAAUGAAGCUACAGGCAAAAGAUAGAACUCCCUGUUUGGUGGUGGAGUGAAAAGACCUCCAAAAAUGGGGGCGGCUUCCCUGAAUCGUGACUGAAAUUUCCUCGACAUGCCUCCUUCUGAGUUAAAUACACUUGAUGUCACUGGUCUUCCUUCCUUGCCUGAAGGCAGAAUGUGUGUGGAAGUCUGCUUUAAACCCAGACAGCAUGAGAACAAUGGCCGGGUUGUGUUCCUAGUUUCUGUCAACUUGUAUCGUGAGCCACUUUCUGAAAGCAGAUGUGCCUCAAAAGAUACACAAUCAGUGUUUUUCUCUUUUUUUUGGUGUGGGCAUCAGAAAAGAAGCUAAAAUAGGAUUUUUUUUUUUGAGGGUUGGGGGUUAUGUAACCAAUCUAACUGUGCUGUUCUGACUGUUGCUUUCUAAAAGUUGUUGGGAUUUUUAAGGCACUCCUUCAAUAAAAGAUGUUCUAUGUA